CGCCGUCACCGCGCUCGUAUCACAAGCCAUUUUUGCCGCGCUCCCUCUGUAAUCCGCGCGCAUAUACGUUAUUGUGAUUGUCGUAAGGUUCGUGUGUGUGUGUGUGUGCAAUAUUUAUCGUUUGUUGUCUACAGUUUAUUCCUCUCUCUUGCACGCAUCCAUAGUAUUUUCACACUCUCCAUUUACAUAGCAUUAGUGCAGUGCUGCGCCCAGCUGUGGCCGUCAACUGUCGAAGUGGUCGUACAAAGUAAUCGCGAUUGUAAUAUUACUGUCAUUUUUAUUAAAUAUUAUUUUUAUUAUAACUGUUUUCAUACUCAAUAUGUGUGCAUUGUUUACCGUUUAAACAAAGUUAAGUUUAACUGUCUCAAACGCGAACAACACUGUCCGCGGGUUGGCUGCGAAUUUUCUAAUCUCUCCCUUUGAAACGUUAUAUUUUCUACUAAACCCUUCCACAUAGGGACACCAACAAUGUGUCCGGCCGUUAUUACGGGUAAUAUCUCGCGAUGGUGUACGUUAUGGACGUCCGAGUGAAAUGCUAACAUGGUCCGAUCCAGGUUUCUUGGCAAACCGCCCAGGACGCGGUGUCCGAGGACAAUGGUCCAAGUCGGUGUGUCGGAUUUCGUGGACAACGAGGCCAAGAACGCCCGAAUGAUAUCUAUCGCGUUCGAUGUGUUCCGAACAACGUUAAAAAAUGACGGAGAGCAACAUGAGUUCCGAGAAUUCAGUAACAACUGUGAUGAUAGAGCUGCAGCAGUCAAAAACCAGAUCCAUAGUGAUACGACUGAAAUACUAUGCGAUCAAAAUGCCACAAUGAACGAUGUUUUUAGCAGACACGACCCUUUGCUGACACAACCUAGUAUUAAUAGUAAAAUGGAAUAUUUGCAAGCUAAACAGGAAGCAAACAUAAAGUAUGAACUUCAUAAGUCAAACAAAAGUAUCAGUUUACCUUCAGUUGUAUCUUGUUUAGAUGACAAUCUUAACUACACUUACGCAAAAUCAUGCAAAGGAGGUCCAUUGAAAAUGAAUCAGACUAGUGGUGAAGUACAAUGUGGUAUUUGUGGUGUUAUUCGUUUUUAUAAAUCAAUCUCAAAGACUAAAAAAUAUGGAGCUUACAGUUGUGAUUCUUGCAGAAAGUUUAUGGCCAAAUCAAUUGAAAAUCAAAAUAUUAUUAAUCGUUGUAAUAAUGAAAGAGGAAUAGGCCAAUGUCGUAUUCCAAAUGGGCUUAAAUCUCAAAAUGGAAUGACAAGAAUUGUAUCAAUUGAUUCUCGAUGUAAAGCUUGUUGGCUUCAGAUGUGUUUAAAGCGAUUAAAGUUACCAGAAACAACUGUUGAAAGACUGUUAGACACAUUACCUCGUGAAAUGGUCCCUGUACUCAUUUGGGUCUUAAAAAAACCAGAUCCAUGGACAAUAAAUAUAGAUAAUAAUCUUAAAAAAAAAAUUAUCAGAGAUUAUAAACUUCACAAAGAAAUAAUUAGUGCUUUACAAGAUGAAGACAGUGAUGAAAGCAAUAAUGAUUCCUAUAGUAGUGAAAAUGACAUAGAUGUUUAUUCUGAUCAAUUGGAUUCAGAUAUUGAAUAUACCAUGAAAAAAGGAUGUAUUACAAAAAAACAGAAGAGUGAAGAAAAAUCAAAUAAUAAAAUAAUUAAAGGAAAAAAAACAAAAAAAUUGGAUUUAUCUAAGGAUGUACAGCAAAAUGAUAUUAAGCGAGUUGUAUCUCUACGAUCCACAAAUGUUAAUAUGUCCAAUUUAUUCGAAACUAAAGAAUUAAAAUCUGUUAACUCAAAAGGCCCCAGAAUUAAACACGUAUGUCGCAGCGCUAAGUCUGUUUUGGGAAAAACACCUGCAACUUUUGGAAAUGUUGAUGAUAAGACUGAGGAUCUUGAUGAUAUUCUAAUGUUACCAGUGGAUAUUAAUUCAUUACAGUGUAUUAAAACUGAUGGAAAUAAUCCAGAAAAUAAAUCAAGUGUUACCAAUACUAUGGACUUAUCUAGUACUAUAAAAUAUUCAAAAAUAUCAAUACCCAUUAUUAAAGAACAAGAUUUUCACCUUUCUUUUCAACCAAAUAGAACUCUCCAAGAUCUUAUGUUGCAAGAUCACCUAAAUGCAAACAUUGAAAAUUCUGAAGAUGACAUUACUGUUGAUUUGAAUUUUCGAGAAAGUUAUGACCCAGAUAGGAUUGCAGAAAAUGGAUUUGCUAUUGUGGGAACAGAAACAAUGUCAGUACCUCGACAAGCAGUUUGUUAUUUAUGUGGAAGUGCUGGAAUGGAAAAAUUAAUCCAUUGUGUUUCUUGUUGUGAACCUUAUCAUAAGUUUUGUGUCGAUGGUGUUGGUAUUGGAAUUUCAUCUCACGAAAGUGAAUGGUCAAAAAUUAGUUGGACGUGUCCUAAAUGUAAGAUUUGUAAAGGAUGUCAAAGUAGAGGUAAAACAAGACCAAAAUUAACUUGUCAAAGGUGUAAGGAUUCCUAUCAUGAUCAUUGUCUUGUUGAUAAAAUUGUAUAUGAUCGAAACAGGCCAUGGGCUUGUCCACCUUGUAGAAAAUGCAAAAGUUGCCAUGUUCCUCGAGUCGAUUACUUUGUUGGUAAUUUAGCUUUAUGCUCAGUAUGUUUUCAAUUAAGACAACGUGGUAAUUUCUGUCCUUUAUGUCAAAAAUGUUAUGAACCUGAUGAUUUUGAAACAAAAAUGAUGGAAUGUGCUACUUGUAAACAUUGGGUUCAUGCAAAAUGUGAAGGAUUAUCAAAUGAAAAAUAUGAAGUCUUGAGUACAUUACCUGACAUUGUAGAGUAUGUUUGCAAGAUUUGUAUUACAGAUAGUACAACCCCGUGGCGUAUAUAUGUUGAUGAAGCAUUAAAAAGUAGUUUUAUGACUGUUCUAAUAAUUCUUGGAAAAAAUAAAAAAAUAUGUGAUCUCAUCAAAUGGAGUCCUCAAAAACAAUCACCAGGUUGUGUUUGUAAAAAAUUGAUCACUCCAAAAUUUCCAUCUCUUGAUGGACCUAAUAUUGUUACACCAAAAGCAAUUGAUGAAAUUCCUAAGCAAUGUGUUUGUCAUGGAUUGGAAGGAUGGUCUAAAGGUACUCCGACUCUAGUUACAAUAAAACAAAAAGUAAAUAACAAUGAAUAUGAGUCCCUUUGUCAAUUUAAUGAUGAUAUGUUAAGUACUAUUAAUAAGUUCAAUGUGCCUGAACUUCGAGAAGAAUAUAAAAAAAUUGUUUUUGAAGUUUUUCCCUGGUUUAAUUCUAAGUUUGAGAAGAAUUCACCCCAUAAAAGUUCCUAUUCAUCAACAUCAUUACCAAUUAUAAGUCCACCUAAGUUUAUUCCAAAAUUAUCUUUUAAUUUACUCAAUUCUGAUAUUAAAGCUUUACAAGAUAUAAUGGGUAAUGAUGAAAAUAAUUAUUAUUUGACCCCAAAAAUUGAUGAUACAAGAGUCUGCCAGUUUUGCAAAAAAAUAGGUGAAGGUAUGCCAAUGCGAGAAGGAAGACUUCUUUAUUGUGGUGAUAAUAUGUGGGCUCAUGCCAAUUGUGCUUUAUGGUCUUCUGAAGUUUUUGAAGAGAUCGAUGGGUCGUUACAAAAUGUUCAGCUCGCUCUUUCUAGAAGUAAAGUAGUAAGAUGUGUUGUUUGCAAUGAAAAAGGUGCAAGUGUUGGAUGUUGUUAUCGAAAUUGUGUUAAAACUUACCAUUUCCAAUGUGCUAGAAAAGUAUUUUGUUUAUUUAAUGAAAAUAAAACUGUAUAUUGUAACAAUCAUGCAUCUGACACACGUUUUAGUGUUAAAGAUUUUACAUUGGAAAGACUGAUUUACAUAGAACAAGAAGACAUUAAACAAAAACGUACGGAAAGUUCUGAUAUUCACAUUUUAAUUGGUUCAUUAUAUAUCAAUUGUAUUGGAAAUUUGCACCCUAUUCUAUCUGACAGUGUUGAAUCCAUUUUGCCUAUUAAUUUUCAAGCUAAAAGAUAUUAUUGGUCAACUAAAGAACCAUGGAAACUGAUACAAUACAAUUGGACUACUAAGAUAGAAAAUUAUGUUGAAAAGUUAAAAUUUGAUGAGCUUAACUAUACUAUUGAUCAUGAUAAACAAGAAAAUGAAAUUGAUGUUAUUCAGGCUGAAAAUGUAGGAAUUAAUUUGUUUACAUCUAUUCAAGUAGAUAAUUUACAAAAAUGUUAUGAAGCUUUAAAAAGACCAUGUCCCAUUGAUGAUAAUUUUCAAUCUAAACGUUGUAAAAUGGAUAAUAUUGAUUGUUUUGCUUAUCAAAACUAUGAUACAGAUUCUGAAUUUGAAUCUACUAUAGAUGAAACUUCUAGAAUGGAAUUAUUUUCCAAUAGUUUUGGACAAAAGCCAAAAGCUAUUCCACAAUUAGAUGGAUUAUAUGAUACAAGUGACAAUGAAUCAGAAUUUGAGUAUUAUCAACUAGACAAUUUAACAGAUGUGAUUGAUGACUGUACUAACGAUCAACCUGUAAAAUGUAAUCGAUGUCAUCGGACAUAUAGAACUAGUUUAAGUUAUGAAAGACAUUUAGCUAGUUGCAAUUUUGAUUAUGAUAUUGGCAGUGAUAGUGAAUCCAGUGAUGAUGAUAAAUCUGAAAAAAAAGUUGAUGAACAUUGUUUGUUAUUUAAAGAAGAACAUGCUGUAAGAGUAGAACUUUUAAAAGAAGAUCAUAUUAUCCCUCAACAAAAUUACACCCCUGUUGCGCCAAUGCAGUCUGCACAACAGCAGCAACAACCACCACCUACUGUGAUACUUCAGCCAAUUCAAACUUCAUUUGUACAACCUUCUAUACCUGAUGUUCAUUAUAUAACAAUAAAUAGUACUCCAGCUCAAUCAGUAAUGCCAUGUUUUCAGUAUCAAACUACACCACCAACUGUGUUAGUACAGCCAUCAGUUGUUGAUCCUACUGCUAUGGUACUAAACAACCAUUCAGUUAAUAUGUAUGUAUCUCAAAGUAAUAACUUAAUAUUUAGUUCUCAACCUAUGAUAGUUGGUUUGGAUCAAUAUACUACCAUGUCUUCAAAUUAUACUUUUUCUCAAUCGCCUCAAAUAUACCAGCCUUCAAAAUCUGUGGAGCCUAUUUCAAAUCAGUACUAUAUCAUUAAUGCAGAGCCAACAGUUCCAAAUGAAUGGCCAUAUAAUAUUACAUCUGAAGUAAAAACUGAACGUAAAAUGGUAUAUACACAACCAAAAGUCUAUACAAAUCGUAAGUUAAAAUUAACUGAGUGCUAUGACACCAAAGAAAAUAUACCUAAUAGCUUAGUACAAUCUGUAGAAAAUCAAGCUUAUGGAGUUAUGAAUAUCAUAAGAAAUGUAAAUCCUGAACCAUGGAAGAGACAAACUAUAAAAACAUAUCUUCCUAAAAAAAUUCAAGAACAGAAAGUUUCACCUAAAAGAGCUGAAGAAAAAAAAAUACUUCCAAAAAGUGUUGAACCUCAUUCACCUAAAUUAUUAACUUCGAUAAAUAUGGUUAUACCUUCAACACCUGUUAAAAAUACAAUUAUGUCUACCAAAAUAUACAAAGAAAAUAUAGAAUCAUCUCCAAAGAAAUUUCAAUACUCAUCACCACCAAACAUUUUGCCGUCUACUAUAAAAUCAGAAAAUACUAUUUUUUCACCUUCAAAACUUGAUCAUAAAACUUCUAAUUCUUCCAUAAAAACAUUAAAAGUAUCACCUUCACAAAAAAUAACAGAAAAUAUUAGUUCUACAUUAAAAAUAGAAGAUAACAGUUUUUUACCUACGAAAUUGCAAAAUACUCAAUCUUAUAGCUUAAAAAACUUUGAUAAUCCACCACUGCCUCAAUUAUUUGCUAAUAAAUAUAUUUCUUUAAAUAAAGAAAACCCAAUACCAAUACUGGAAUCGGAAAGCCCAUUCACUCAUAAGUUAAAUAAAGAAAACCCAACACCAAUACUGGAAUUGGAAAGCCCAUACACUCAAAAUUUGAAUAAACCAUUAUCAACUAAACUAAAUGAAGAAGUCCCGCCUUCUGUAGAAACUUAUUCAUCCACAUCAGUUACAGACAUAAAAUCAUUACCAAAAUUAAAAAACCAACCAAUCACUGUAGAAAAAUCAUUAAUUAAAGAUGUAGAAAAUUUACCACUUGGAUUAUUUGAAAAAGAUAAACUGUCUACCAAUGGAAAUUCUCACUCUAAUAAUUCUGAAUUUCUUUCAUCAAAUAAUCUUAGAUACAAAGAUAUAAGUGAAAAAGUAUUUUCAAAUGAGAAAUUGGCAUCUAUUCAAGAAAAAUCUCAAAUUCAAACACAUAUAGGGUACCAGUGGUCAUCAGCUGCUGCAGAACGGGAACGUAUAGUACCUCAUCUCAUGUUUGAAAUGAGUUCUGCUGAUGGUGUAUUUUGUAAAGAUCACUCACUGGUUGAAAUUUGGUCUAAACUUUUCGAAGCUGUUCAAAUAUCAAGAAAUGAACGAAAAAUGCCCCAGCUAUCUUCAAGUAAUCCAUACACAAGUGAUAUAACAGCAGCAAUUCGUUCUCUUGGCCUGAGCAAUAAUUUUUUGAAGUACCUUUUGGAGCAGCUUUCAGGUGCUAAAGAAUUUGUUAAAUAUAAAGCAAUAUAUCAUAAAGGUGUUGACGUUGUUGGCUCAACUACAGAAAAUCCUUCAGGGUGUGCACGCACAGGAAUAGUUGUUAGAAAAAACAAAUAUGACAUGUUUAGCUGGUUAGCUUCUAGGCAUAGAAAACCUCCCAAAUUAUUAGCAAAUAAUGAAGACUUUGGUGGUCGUCGUGCUAAUUCUUUACCUAAUGAAAUGAAGUAUAGGAAUAUGAAUAAAGCGUUAACCAGUACAGUUGGUGUCUGCCGAUCUGAUAUACACGGCCGCGGACUGUUCUGUUUGAGAGAUAUUGAACAAGGCGAAUAUGUUAUUGAGUACACUGGUGAAGUUAUUCGUUCGGAAGUGAGUGAUGUGCGUGAGAGGCUUUAUAACAAAAAAGGAAUAGAUUGUUAUAUGUUCAGGAUUGAUCAGGAUAUUGUUGUAGAUGCCACAAUGAAUGGAAAUUCUUCUAGAUUUAUUAAUCACUCAUGUGAGCCCAACUGUCAUUCUAAAAUUGAAACAAUCCAUGGUAAAAAACAUAUAAUGAUUUUGGCCAAAAGAAAAUUAUUCCAAGGCGAAGAACUCACAUAUGACUACAAAUUCCCAUUAGAAGAUGAUAAAAUAUCAUGCCACUGUCUUUCGAGGAAAUGUCGUAAAUAUCUUAAUUAAUUAAAUUUGUUAUUAUUUUUUACUUUCUUUUCAUGCUUACACCUUUAUUUAUAAUCUGAUUUUUUUUAAGCAUGAUGUAGAUCUAAUUAAGUAGAUUAUUAAAUUAACUAUUUUUAUUAUUAUUAUUAUUAUUGU